CUGCAUUUCUCUCCUCACGGAGGAGAGCCGAUUAUCAGCAUUAUCAGCAUUCCUUAGAGGGGACAUCUACACUGGUGCCCUGAUGAUCAGUGUAGCCCCAUCAAUGCCACCUGUCAGUGCCCAUCAGUGCACAUCAAUGCCACAUAUCAGUGCCCAUCUGAGCUGCCUUUCAGUGGCAACUAUCAGUGCCACCUAUCAGUGCCAUCUAUGAGUGCUGCCAAUCAGUGCCACCUAUCAGUGCCAUGCCCAUUAGUGCUGCCUAUCAGUGCCCAUCAGGGCAGCCUAUCAGUGCCCAUCACUGCAGCUUCAUUAGCGCACAUCAGUGAAGGAGAAAAAUCACUUAUUUACUAAAUUUUAUAA